GUGGGUUUGCUCUGGGCAUUUGCUUUGCCCAGUAGUUGAAAAGUGAACUCGACUCGUGAUGGUUCUCCUGUCACUUUGGUUGAUAGCAGCCGCUCUGGUAGAGGUUAGGACUUCAGCUGAUGGACAAGCUGGUAAUGAAGAAAUGGUGCAAAUAGAUUUACCAGUAAAGAGACAGAGAGAGUAUGAGCUGGUGACUCCAGUCAGCACAAAUUUUGAAGGACACUAUCUCUCCCAUAUUCUUUCUGCAAAUCAUAAAAAGAGGUCAGCGAGGGACGUGUCUUCCAACUCUGAGCAAUUGUUCUUUAACAUCACAGCAUUUGGAAGAGAUUUUCAUCUGCGACUAAAGCCCAACACUCAGCUAGUAGCUCCUGGCGCUGUUGUGGAAUGGCAUGAGGCAUCUCUGGUGCCUGGGAAUAUAACCGACCCCAUUAAUGAUCAUCAACCAGGAAGUGCUUCGGAAAGAAUCUGGAAAACAGAGCCUUUGCAGACUAACUGUGCUUAUGUUGGUGACAUCAUGGACAUUCCGGGAACCUCUGUUGCCAUUAGCAACUGUGAUGGUCUGGCUGGAAUGAUAAAAGGUGAUAAUGAUGAGUAUUUCAUUGAACCCUUGGAAAGAGGUAAGCAGAUGGAGGAAGAAAAGGGAAGGAUUCAUGUUGUCUACAAGAGAUCAGCAGUAGAACGGGCUCCCAUAGAUAUGUCCCAAGACUUCCACUACAGAGAAUCGGAUCUGGAAGGCCUUGAUGAUCUAGGUACUGUUUACAGCAGCGUUGGCCAGCAGCUGAAUGAAGCCAUGAGGCGACGCAGACACGCAGGAGAAAACGAUUAUAACAUCGAGGUGCUGCUGGGAGUGGAUGACUCUGUGGUCCGUUUCCAUGGCAAAGAGCACGUCCAAAACUACCUCCUCACCCUGAUGAACAUUGUGAAUGAAAUUUACCAUGAUGAGUCCCUGGGAGUGCAUAUAAAUGUGGUCCUGGUGCGCAUGAUAAUGCUGGGCUAUGCAAAGUCCAUCAGCCUCAUAGAAAGGGGAAACCCAUCCAGGAGCUUGGAGAACGUGUGUCGCUGGGCUUGCCAACAACAAAAAUCUGAUCCCAAUCAUUCUGAACACCACGAUCAUGCAAUUUUCUUAACCAGGCAAGACUUUGGACCUGCUGGAAUGCAAGGAUAUGCUCCAGUCACAGGCAUGUGUCAUCCAGUGAGAAGUUGUACCCUGAAUCAUGAGGAUGGUUUUUCAUCUGCUUUUGUAGUAGCCCAUGAAACUGGCCAUGUGCUGGGAAUGGAGCAUGAUGGACAAGGCAACAGGUGCGGUGAUGAGACUGCCAUGGGAAGUGUCAUGGCUCCUUUGGUGCAAGCAGCGUUUCAUCGUUACCACUGGUCCCGCUGCAGCGGCCAAGAACUGAAAAGAUACAUUCAUUCCUAUGACUGUCUCCUUGAUGACCCUUUUGAACAUGACUGGCCCAAACUCCCAGAACUUCCUGGAAUCAAUUAUUCUAUGGAUGAGCAAUGUCGUUUUGACUUUGGGGUUGGUUAUAAAAUGUGCACUGCGUUCCGAACCUUUGACCCAUGUAAACAGCUUUGGUGUAGCCAUCCUGAUAAUCCCUACUUUUGUAAGACUAAAAAAGGACCCCCACUUGAUGGGACCGAAUGUGCUGCUGGAAAAUGGUGCUAUAAGGGUCAUUGCAUGUGGAAGAAUGCUAAUCAGCAAAAACAAGAUGGCAACUGGGGAUCAUGGACCAAAUUUGGCUCCUGUUCCCGGACCUGUGGAACUGGUGUUCGCUUUAGAACACGCCAGUGCAAUAAUCCAAUGCCCAUCAAUGGUGGUCAGGAUUGUCCUGGUGUUAAUUUUGAGUACCAGCUUUGUAAUACAGAAGAAUGCCAAAAACACUUUGAGGACUUCAGAGCCCAGCAAUGCCAGCAGCGUAACUCCCACUUUGAAUACCAGAAUACCAAACACCACUGGUUGCCAUAUGAACAUCCCGACUCCAAGAAAAGAUGCCACCUUUACUGUCAAUCCAAAGAGGCUGGAGAUGUUGCUUAUAUGAAACAGCUGGUGCACGACGGAACGCGCUGCUCUUACAAAGACCCAUACAGCAUAUGUGUGCGCGGAGAGUGUGUGAAAGUGGGCUGUGAUAAAGAAAUCGGUUCUAACAAGGUUGAGGAUAAGUGUGGGGUCUGUGGAGGAGAUAAUUCCCAUUGUCGAACCGUAAAGGGGACGUUUACCAGAACACCCAGGAAGCUUGGGUACCUUAAGAUGUUUGAUAUACCCCCUGGUGCUAGACAUGUGUUAAUCCAAGAAGACGAGGCUUCUCCUCAUAUUCUUGCAAUUAAGAAUCAGGCUACAGGCCACUAUAUUUUAAAUGGCAAAGGGGAGGAAGCCAAGUCGAAGACCUUCAUAGAUCUUGGCGUGGAAUGGGAUUAUAACAUUGAAGAUGACAUUGAAACUCUUCACACCGAUGGACCUUUACAUGAUCCUGUUAUUGUCUUGAUUAUACCUCAAGAGAAUGAUACGCGCUCUAGCCUGACAUAUAAGUACAUCAUCCAUGAGGACUCUGCACCUACAAUCAACAACAACAAUGUCAUCCAGGAAGAAUUAGAUACUUUUGAGUGGGCAUUGAAGAGCUGGUCUCAGUGUUCCAAACCCUGUGGUGGAGGUUUCCAGUACACUAAAUAUGGAUGCCGUAGGAAAAGUGAUAAUAAAAUGGUUCAUCGUAGCUUCUGUGAGGCCAACAAAAAGCCAAAACCUAUUAGAAGAAUGUGCAACAUUCAAGAGUGUACACAUCCACUCUGGGCGGCGGAAGAAUGGGAGCACUGCACCAAAACCUGCGGCAGUUCCGGCUAUCAGCUCCGCGCCGUGCGCUGCCUCCAGCCGUCCCACGAUGGCACCAACCGCUCGGUGCACAGCAAGUACUGCGUGGGUGGCCGUCCGGAGAGCCGCCGGCCUUGUAACAGAGUGCCCUGCCCGGCCCAGUGGAAAACGGGGCCCUGGAACGAGUGUUCAGUAACCUGCGGCGAAGGGACAGAGGUGAGGCAGGUCCUCUGCAGGGCGGGUGACCACUGCGAUGGUGAAAAGCCUGAGUCUGUCCGAGCCUGUCAGCUGCCUCCCUGUAAUGAUGAGCCAUGUUUGGGAGAUAAAUCCAUAUUCUGUCAAAUGGAGGUGCUGGCGCGAUACUGCUCCAUACCAGGUUAUAACAAGUUAUGUUGUGAGUCAUGUAGCAAGCGCAGCAGCACCCUGCCACCACCAUACCUUCCAGAAGCUGCUGAAACUCAUGAUGAUGCUAUCUUUAACUCCAGUGACCUCCCCGAAUCUCUAAUGAUGCCCACAUCUUUGGUUCCUUACUAUUCAGAGACUCCUGCUGAGAAGAAGAAAUCUUUGAGCAGGAUCUCUUCUGUAGGAGGUCCAAAUGCACAUGCUGCUUUCAGGCCAAACAGUAAAUCCAGUGGUGCUAACCUACCCCAGAGGAGAGCUCAGCCAGCAGAAAAUAAGACUCUGAGACUGGCCUCCCCACCCACCAAGAGUGGCCACCUCAGUUCAUCUCCACAAAUGGCUGCUGCCCCCUGCCUUGCAGCCAGUGAUUCCAUAGGUGCUUCUUCUCAGGCAAGAACCUCAAAGAAAGAUGAAAAGAUUAUUGACAAGAGACGUCCACUAAGGUCAUCCACAUUGGAAAGAUGAGAAAGUGAAGCCAAAAGGCUAGACAUCAAUGGAAAAUCUGGACAAGCUCCCUCUCCCCGUGGUGCAUACAGCUUGUUUAAAGUGGAAAUCUCCAUAAAUCAUCAACUCAUUUUAUCUGUAUGUGGAAGAACAAAAAGUGCUGGUUCACUUUCUAGU